UUGACAACAGUUUUGACAGUUUUGACAAGUGUCACCCUUUGUUCGCCUGUCCGGGUGACUCGCUAGCGCCGCGGCCUCGGUGCCUCAGCCAGCGCCACGCCGCCGAAACCUGUGCGCGGAGGCCGAGACGCCGGAUCGCCGAACAAGGUCGUUGGCGUCAGCCCGUUGGAUGAGAGACGCGACGAUUCCCACACACAAUGUCAAAAGAUAGACAUGCUUCGAGCUCCUCGGAGGGAGGGGCGUCAGGAAGUGAUGAGGUUGAGGUGUCGUCGAGCUCCCCCGCCCUUCUCUUGGAGGAGAUGGCGGCCAUGCACGUGGCGUUGGUGAGCCCGCUGGACCAGAGCGACGAGACCUCGGAGGACAACGCGGACGGGGCGAGCCCCGCGGACGACGAGGACGGGGCGAACGACGCGGACGACGAGGGCGGGGAGAGCGACGUGGGCGACGAGGUUGGGAAGGGUGACAUUGUUGACCGAGGGGAUUACACCCACGACGUGGUCCACGACGUAGACGACGAGGGUGGGAAGGGUGGCAUGGACCAAGGGGAGGGCGUCGACGACACGGACGACGAGGGUGUGAAGAGUGACAUGGACCAAGGGGAAGGCGUCGACGACACGGACCACGAGGGUGUGAAGAGUGACAUGGACCAAGGGGAAGGCGUCGACGACACGGACCACGAUGGAGACGGAGACCUGGACGGCACAGCGCAGUUUGACAACGUGGACGCCACGCCAGACUCGGCCAAGAAGAGCGUCCUGAGCCGCGUCUUCCACCCUUCGCGGCCCGGGCCCCGGCCGCGGCACCGGGCCGAGCUGCAGUACGUCAGGGGCCUCCACCACUCGGAGCCUAGCUCUCACAGCUCCCACAGCUCUCCCAGCUGCCCCACCUCUCCCAGCUCUCAAACCUCUCCCACCUCUCCCAGCUCUCAAACCUCUCCCAGCUCUCCCAGCUCUCCCAGAGAGCUGUUCGAACGAAGCUACGCGUACUACGAGGAGGAGGAACGCGAGGCCGCCAACGUGGAGAGAGGUAGCGUGGUCGAGUGGUUGAAGGUCGAGUUGGAGUCCCGGCGCCAGCACACUCUAACCUGUCUGUCAGUUGCAGUAAGCUGCCUGCAAAUAGCCGAGGAUCCAUCCACACGUCCUAUCGAGGGGGACCUCAAGCAGCACGACUCUCUGGUCCAAAUGUACGCCCAGGGCGGCCAGCCCCCUAGCGGUGCCCUCCUCCAGGGCGUGCCCAGGAGCGGGGAAGGCAGUCCCGGUCUGGGCGGCCUGGGCGUCCAACUCCCCAGCGAACAUCGCAGCGUGUCGCCCAUCAUCUGCCGGCUGCCCCUGCGCCGCAAGGCGCCCACCACGGUGCGCUCACUGAGCCGCAUCGUGUCCACAAGGUUCUACGAGGAGGGGGUGCACGAGUCCCUGGCGGAGUUCAUUGCGGCACUGGGCGAGGAGUUCCUGGUGUGCCUGCUACGAGCUUGCUCGAGGCACGACUCAGACUCCCUGACCGCUAGUCCCGGCCCAGCAGACGCCGAACUACACAUGACGGUCGCUGAGCAGGGCCGAAGGGACAUGGAAGCUCAGAUCAAGUCGGACGAACUGCUGGCACGCCAUCUCCAGAUGCCCGUCAAGGAGCCCACUUCCAGAAGGGAGCCCGUCAGUGAGCCCACUUCCAGAAGGGAGCCCGUCAAGAAGCCCACUUCCGGAGGGGAACCCGUCAAGGAGCCCACUUCCAGAAGCGAGCCCGUCAAGGAGCCCACUUCCAGAGGAGAGCCCGUCAAGGAGCUUACUUCCAGAGGGGAUCCCGUCAAGGAGCCCACUUCCAGAAGGGAUCCCGUCAAGGAUCCCACUUCCAGAAGGGAGCCCGUCAAGCCCACUUUUGGAAGGGAGCCCGUCAAGGAGCCCGCUUCCAGAGGGGAGCCCGUCAAGGAGCCUACUUCCAGAGGGGAGCCCCUCAAGGAGCCCGCUUCGAGAGGGGAGCCCGUCAAGAAGCCCACUUCCACAGGAGAGGCCGUCAAGGAACCCACUUCCAGAGGGAAGCCCGUCAAGAAGCCCACUUCUAGACCGGCGGGCGAGAGCGUCAAGGGGCCCGUCAAGGAGCCCACUUCAAGAGGUGACCCCGUCAAGGAGCCCACUUCCAGAGGAUAG